AUGAAGAUGGGAAUUAAAGAUUGGUUAAAGAAAGCGAAAGAGGAACUAUAUUCUAAACAGCUAUGGAAAUCAUUAAGGGCUGAGUUUUUCGGCAGUAUUUUGUAUGUUAUAUUUGGUUGUGGUUGUCUAAUGAAUUGGACGAAUGAUUACACUGUUAAACUUUUCGCAUCUGUUUUGUCUUUUGGAAUUUCUUACUCAGUACUUAUUAAAACUUUGGGACCGACCAGUGGCGGACAUUUCAACCCAGCUGUGACAAUUUCUUUACUUUGUACACGAUACAUAUCACUUUUGAGAGGACUAUUUUACAUCCUGGUCCAAAUCAUUGGAUCUAUCUGCGGUGCUGCAAUUUUAUAUGGAAUUAUACCAAGUGAAAUUCGGCAUGACAUAGGCGUGACUAAAGUUCACAAAAACGUUGAUAACGUUCGUGCAUUUGGAGUCGAGUUUCUCGCAACGUUUAUUGUUAUUUUUACCUAUUUUACCACUUUGGAGAAUAAAAACAAUGUUUUGGUCCCAGAUUCAGUUGUAUGUGGAUUGUCAAUCAGUCUUUCACAGUUGUUUGCAUUCAAUCUGACUGGUGCUAGCGUAAAUCCAGCAAGAUCACUUGGUCCUGCCUUAAUACACAACUUUUGGGACAAUCAUUGGAUAUACUGGGUCGGACCAAUACUAGGAGGCAUUUUUGGAGGUUUUACACACGAAUAUACAAAUAAGCAAUCUGAAGAUUUACAGAACUACCAGACAAGUUUAAGACAGCAUGUUUAUAGUCUACAGAGAAAAGAAGAUGGCGCUAGCUCCAAUUCGAUAGCAACUGAACUAGCGUGUGAUCAAGAACCAACAGAAGAAUUGCAAAUCUGAUUAUAUAAUUAAAUAAGUUUUCUUGACUUGAUGAACUAGUUGGCAAUGCAAUUUGGGUUGAGCGUAUUACAUAUCCACGUAUAUUUGGAUUAAUACAUUUAAUCUUUUUUCCAAAUCUGAUGUAUAAUACAAAUAAGCUAUUAAUGGAUUUAAAAAAAAUUAAUGUAAUGCAGUUAAUGUUUACCAUAUCAAUUUCAAUUAAUAGAAUUUUUACAAAAGGAAGAAUCAAAGAUGAAUACGAGUUAUCAAAGGUUAUUACACCGUUACAAAAAUAAUUUCUACAAUAUUUUUUAAUAUUAUUAAUUCGUAUAUUUGAACUAAUUUGAUUCGUUCAAGGAUAGUCACAUAUUAAACUAUAUUUUCGAAGGUAGAGAAAAAACGGCGGAUAGCGAAUAGUAUAUUGCACGGUUAUUUUUAGAAUAUCUAAAAACCGAUAUCUAUUGUGACGUCAUGUAAUGAAUUUCAUAAUAUUGUUUUAAGUUUUAUAAACAAAAUUAUUUAUGAUCAUUUGAAGAAAAAAUUCUUCAAUUCAUAAGAAAGAAUGAAAAAAAAAAAUAUGUUGGUAUUGCCUAGAAGACAAUAUGAUAUCUAUAAAAUUCCAACAAAAUCAGAUGACGAUUUUGAUACAAAUAUGGUCCGAAAUUAAUAAUACAACAAUUAUAGCCUUUGUAUAAGGUCAAUAUAUCCUUGUAUCGACCUCAUACAAAGGCUAUAAUUGUAUAAUGUCAAAAUGGAUACUUUUAAAGGAGAUUUGUCAACAAAACUGUUCUGUUUCUGAUUAUAAUACAAGUAUAAGCUAGCAGAUAUCCUUUUCUAAAAAAAUAAAGACGGUCCUAUUAAGCAAUCCUGUUAGCAAUGAAAAAUCAGUUUAAAUGUGUUAAGUAACGUAAUGCAUCAUUAUUUUCAAUCAUGGUAUUGUAGGCUGUCUGUAACAAAAACAAAAUUCUUAGAUUUUGGUAGAAUAUAUUUUUAUACAUGCACAUUUAUGAACAGUUGAAAAUAAAACAGAUUUCAUAAG